AAUAUCCACAUAGACCUCGCCUCCUGCGGGAUGGCUUUGCACCAUGCUCUCUUUCUCACUAUCACGGUCGCGGGAUGCGCUUCUCUCCUUGGCCCUAGGAAUCAGCUUCUUCCUCUGCAUCCUCUGGAUCCUUAACUACUUCUCCAUCGACCUGCCAUCUACCUAUCUGGCCUCUUCCAUCCAAGGUCCCAGUCUGACCUCCUUGACUUUGCAAAAAGUUCUCCAAGAUGCGCAUCCAAUCUUUGGAACCUCCUCGUCAAAGCCAUCCGAGCUGUCCACCGCGACAUGGAUGAAAGCCUAUCCCGACUCCACCCGCUUGGUCCACAUGAACCUUCCCGGCACUCACGACUCUGCAACAUGGAACUACACUCAGGUACUGCAGGAUGAGCUGAAAUACUCUUCUAAGCUCGGCGGCUUCUCUCCUUCCAACUCGGAGAAUUACCGCUGUCAAACGAAAUCCAUCGCCGACAGUCUCGGAGCGGGAAUGCGUGUCUUUGACCUGCGCUACGCAUGGGACAUCACGCGGACAUCUUUGGUAUUCUGGCACGGAGAUGCUUUGCAGUCCGAGACUGCCACGGUAGCAGAUGUGCUGUUUGGAUUUUAUCAUUGGCUGGAUCUGGAUCUGCAUCCGAGCGAAGCAGUGAUUCUUUCCUUUCAGCAUGAACACAAAAAUCCGGAUGCUGGGACACAGAUGGCGUUGUUUGAGAUUUUGACCUCUCCUGCGGCGAAGAAGUAUCUCGUGCAGGCGAGAGGGACAUUAGGCAAUCUAGGCGAAGCGAGAGGAAAGAUCACCUUGUUCCGCCGUUUCGACCUGGACCUCCUCCCGGACGAAUACGAGGAAUCAAUUCCAGGUCUGCAUUUCUCGCCCAAAAAGUGGACCGUCAACUCUCCCAAUAUCAAACUUCCUUACAAUCCGCUCGAUCCCACCGAGUUUGCCUACAUCCAAGACUACUACCACCCCACCACGCCCCUACAGUCCGGUCUCUCCGUGCCCAUCGCUUCGAAGUACAAAGCUCUGACCGCGAACCUCCUACGGGCCACCACCACCCACCCGGAUGAGCUCUUCUGGUCCUUCGCCAGUAGUACCAAGACGGACGAUGAACCGCCUAUCACUCCUAGGAUGAUGGCAUCGGGCGACGGGAAGACCGGUGGUGUAAAUGCGGGUUUGAAGGGGUGGUUGAAGACUGUGAAAGGGAAGAGGGUGGGGAUUGUGUUGGUGGACUUUUGGGAGGCGGAAGAGGGUUUGGUCGAGGAGUUCUUGGGGUUGACGAAGCCGUGA